AUGCUUCAUCGGAAACUUAAAACUACAUGGAAAGUAAUGAUCAACCGCGAUGAGCUCUCACCUACCAUACUGCAAGACGUCAAGAUUUUAGUAGUACCAGGACCGCAGAAUGUAUUUAACGACGACGAAUUAGGUGCGCUCAAAAGUAUGGUGGAGAGAGGUGAUUCUGUCUUAGUACUUAUGACCGAUGGGGGUGAAGAACGAAUGAAUACAAAUAUUAAUUUCUUUCUGGAAGAAUAUGGAAUUAUUGUAAAUAAUGACUGCGUGGUGCGGGCGAAAUAUCACAAAUAUUACCAUCCUAAAGAAUGUCAUAUUUCCAACGGUAUCCUGAACAGAGCUGUCGUCAAGUCCAUUAUGAAGAUGCCCAACUACACGAGCGAAUCUGAUGAUUUUGUUGAAGAUCCACCAUCACCAAAUUUCAUUUACCCUUACGGUGCGACGCUAACUGUGAAGAAGCCAGCUGCGGCCAUUUUGUCAAGCAGCGAUGUAUGUUAUCCCGUAAAGAGACCCAUUGCAGCACUCUACACAUCUGAAAAAACUGGCGGUAAACUUUUCGUUAUGGGCUCAGGACACUUCUUCACAGAUCAAUACCUAGAUAAUGAAAGCAACGAUCUGAUACGAGAGUUGGUGUUCAACUAUCUGGGAGGGGUCACGGACAUACAUUUAAACCCAGUCGAUGUGGAUGAUCCUGAUGUGAAUGAAUACCGGACCCUGGGAGAUACUUUGUGGCUAAGCUCUUUGUUGCUUCCGGAACCUGCCAGCGCGCCACCACCACGAUUAACUCCCCUUCAUCCACACGCACUCUUCACUUGGAGGCUGUUUUCUCUCAACCUAUCACACUUACCAGAAGUACUAGGACUAUAUGAAGAAUUAGGAAUCAAACAUGAACCAUUGCGUUUGAUAGCGCCGCAAUUCGAAACCCCGUUCCCGCCAUUGCAACUUGCUGUAUUCGCGCCUACAUUUCGUGAGCCACCUCCGCCGCCUUUGGAGCUUUUCGAUCUUGAUGAAGCAUUUUCCUCAGAGAAGUCUCAAUUAGCUCGUCUCACGAACAAAUGCUUACAGCCUAAUAGCAACAAGAUGGCUCAAGGUGACGGCCAACUUGACAACGAAUUAGAAUAUUUUAUACGUGAAUGCGGGCGCGCUGUACGUCUCACCAAGUCUCAGAACCAAGGAGCCAAGACUCUUUUGCAUCAGCUUGGCCUACAGCUAGCAACGUUUAAAAAAAUAGCACCAAGAGAUUAA